UGAUGGAGAGAAGGAGCAGCUCACCUGUCUCCACAGGGCAGGUGAGUUCUGGCCAAUCAGAGAGCAGCACUCAGGUGAAAUGCAGCUGAACCCGUUGAGCAGACAGAGGGCGAGUUACAUAGAGUCAGACUGGAACUGCACCGGAGAGAGAGGAGGACACGCUGACGUCCCGCAGGUCAGACUGACGGGUCAGAACCGCACCAUGAGCUCCCCCCACACCGACAGGCAGCUCCAUCCACAAGCUUCUCCUUAUCAGCUCGUGCAGGGGGUGGGGCUAAGAAGCGUCUGGUGGCUCCAUCUCUCAGCCUCACUCUGAGCCACGCCGACUCUCAGGACCAGAACGACAGCUUAUCUGCAGCUGCACUGUCAAGAACGACGGAAGAGACGCCAUCUCUGGACAUCAACCUGGAGGCUCUGGAGACGCCAUCAGACAGCGAGACAGGAACACUGCCAGACAGCAUGCAUGACCUGGAGUGGGAGGAUGACCUCCCUCAGACAGGGAAGAGUGAGGCCUCUGGUGUGGCCAAUUGUCCUGUAGACCACUCUGAGGGUCUGAUGGAGCUGGAUCAGGUGGACAGCAAGGGACGCCGCUGGAGAAAGUUCUGCAUCUCUGGGCUAGAAUACCGGGUCAACAUGAGCGUUCUAGAGCCAUACCUGCAGGUGCUAUCACAUGGAGGUUACUAUGGAGAUGGGAUGAAUGCCAUCAUCCUGUUCACUUCCUGCUACCUUCCAGAGAACACAGUGGAGAACUACGAGUAUGUCAUGGAGAACCUGUUUAGGUACAUAGUUGGAACAUUGGACCUGAUGGUUUCUGAGAACUAUGUUCUGGUCUACCUGUGUGCACUGGCUCCCAGGAACAAACUGCCAUCCAUCAAAUGGCUCCAUCAGUGCUACACCUCCAUAGAGAGGAGGUUGAAGAAGGACCUGAAGGGACUGCUAGUGGCCCAUCCUGCCUGGUACAUCAAAGCUCUGAUCACACUUGUUAAACCCUUUAUCAGCGACAAGUUCAGCAGGAAGAUUCGCUUCAUUGGGAGUCUUCAGCAGCUCGCGCAGAUCGUCCCCACAGACAGACUGCAGAUCCCAGAGGCCAUACGCCAGUACGAUGAGAAGUUGAACCGAUGACAGUCCAUCAGGCUGGAUGAACUGCAGAGGUCUAAUGAUGUCAUCCACAGGCUGAUGACAUCACUUU